CCACAAACUCGGCGGAGGAGCGAGAGGCGUCGUGGUUUCCUGCUUCAACAGUGCUUGGACGGAACCCGGCGCUCACUCCCGCUUUGCCCCCGGCCGAACCCCAUCAACUCGAACCCCAUCAACACCAACACCGCAGCAGCACCGGCUAGCCGCGCCUCCUCCUCUUCUCCAUCUCCUCCUCUUCCUUCUCAGCGCCUUCUCGCCGCCGCCAUGACGACCGCGUCCCCCUCGCAGGUGCGCCAGAACUACCACCAGGACUCGGAGGCCGCCAUCAACCGCCAGAUCAACCUGGAGCUCUACGCCUCCUACGUCUACCUGUCGAUGUCUUACUAUUUCGACCGCGACGAUGUCGCUCUGAAGAACUUUGCCAAAUAUUUUCUUCACCAAUCCCAUGAGGAGAGGGAACAUGCUGAGAAACUGAUGAAGCUGCAGAACCAGCGAGGUGGCCGGAUUUUCCUGCAAGAUAUCAAGAAACCAGACCGCGAUGACUGGGAGAACGGACUGAAUGCAAUGGAGUGCGCUUUGCACUUGGAGAAAAGCGUCAACCAGUCACUACUGGACCUCCACAAACUGGCCACGGACAAAAAUGACCCACACUUGUGUGAUUUCUUGGAGACUCACUACCUGGACGAGCAGGUGAAGUCCAUCAAAGAAUUGGGUGACCACGUGACCAACUUGCGCAAGAUGGGGGCCCCUGAGUCGGGCAUGGCAGAGUAUCUGUUUGACAAGCACACGCUGGGGCACAGCGAGAGCUAAGCCUUGCUCUGGCUUCCUGGAGCCACGAUGACCUGGUUCCCUGGGGCGCACUGCUUGCAUGUUGGGGUGACCUUGACCUUUUCUAGAAAAUCCAAAACAACUACUUCAGUCUUUGAUUUGUAUCAGACCUUCAAAUAAAGUAAUUUGGUACCCA